AUGGAUGGCCCUCCUCCCAGCGCCGCGAUGGCGGGUCCCAUGCCGCUGCCGGCGACGGGGAAGGACGCCUCCUUUGCGGACGUCCCGCGCAUCAUCUGGAUGCUUUGGUUCCAGGGCUGGGACGCCGCCCCUCCGCUCUGCGUGCACAUGCUGCAGACCUGGAGACUGUUCAAUCCGACCUGGGAUAUCCGCGCCAUCUCGCGCUCGAGCUUCCCAAAACUGCUGGGGGACUCCUUCGAAGAGUACCAGGCUCUACGGCAGCAGAUGAACCUGGGUGACAAGCUCGGGCUCACCUCGCAACAGCGUGCUGCCUUUGGUGAGGUUUUGAUACCUCCCGCGAGCGAGUCCGACCUGUUGAGGCUCUACCUCUUGGAAAAGUAUGGGGGCGCCUGGGUGGAUGCAACGAACCUGUGCCGGCGGCCCCUGGAUGACUGGCUUCCGACUGCGGCGGCCAACGGCUUCUUCGCCUUCUAUCCGGAUCUGCAAAGCCCGGAGCACCAUGGCGUGCCGCACAUCAUUAGCAGCUUCAUCGUCUCCUCACCAGGGCAUACCUUGGUUGUGGAGUGGCUUCGGCGGACUCGGGCUCACUGGUCCAAGCGGUUCUGUGAGAGGCCAGACCUGGAGUAUCUCUGGGUCAACAAGCUCUUCAGGCAACUCACGGCUCAAGCCAGUGAAGGGGGCGACGCAGGUUGCCACCAAAGUUGGGCAGAGGUCCCGAAGAUUACCUGCGAGCACGGAAAGCAGGGCCCCAUGCGUUUCUACUCUGGACCGGAGGCCUUGGCAGCCGGCGCGCGGCUGUUUGAGGAUCUCCUUGCGCCUCCCUCCCAGCAGCUGAUCUCGGAAGUCGAAGAGGACUCCGAGACUCCCAUGUGGAAGCUGGCCUUUCGAGAGAAGCUGGAGUCUGACUCGGCUUACUGGUACAUCCUCGCCCGCACUGUUGCCAGAGCUGCGGAGCUCAAGGAAGUCUGA